AGUGAACGGGCUGAAAGAGAGAGAGAGAGAGAGAGGGAGAAAGAGAGAGAGAGAGAGAGAGGAAAAAAACUCGAACCUUUCCCACUCUCGGAGAAUCCCGGGGAGUGACUGUGACAGGACGAAGGGGACUCGGAGAGCUGAAGAAUCGCACGCAAGAUUUCACCACAAUUUCUUUCAGGAGCGCGCAGACCGGAGCAGACCACAACCACAACCCACCAAGCCGGGACUGAUCAUCAAUAGUUCCCAAAAGUCGCGCAGUGGGGACCGGUGUGACUCUUGGAGGAGCAUGCGGCUCGGUUUACUAAUCAGGCUCUAUGUCCUGUGGGGUUUUGUGCUGGUCACGACCUCCGUGACUAAGGCAUCCAAGAGGAAGGUGACAGGCAGACGGUCCAGACAGGUGUUCGAGGCGGAGCCUGUGGAGGGGGUGUGGUCUGUGUGGGGGGAGUGGUCUGGCUGCUCGCAGACCUGUGGCGUGGGCGUGUCACAGAGGAGCAGGACGUGCUUUCCUCCCCCACCUCCCCUCUCCCACUCUCCACCCAACUGGGCAGGUUAUGUGCCCGGGGGCAUGGGCGGUCCUGUGCACCCGUACUACCCCCCUCGUUACCCCGGGCCACACCGGCCUUAUCACUCCUCCUCCAUCUCCGACAACCACAACCAAGGGGUGUCUCUGUAUCGGAAUACCAACCCUGGGGGAGGAGGAGCUCCUGUCCCGGGGCAGGCCAAUCCAAACCCUCCUUUUUUCCAGCCCGAAUUUUCCCCAUCCGAUCAAGACCAUGCGUCCGUGUACCGAUCGCCCUACCACGCUCCUUCUCACGGCUACAACCAGCCAUCACGCACCAUCAGGAGGCCGACCAAUCCGGGGGGCGGGAGCAGAAGGUCUAUCGGCCCAAAUCGGGAGGGUUUGCCUAUGAGGAGGUCUUCCGACAUCCGUCCCGGUCAGUUUGGGUACGGCAGGGUCCCGUUCUCUCUGCCUCUGCACCGCCCCAACCGGCAGGCUCGGCACACUGUCAACGGCACCGGCGCACAAACGUCCGCUGCGCCCAAUGAAGACGACGCAGAGAACAACGCGAGCCAGGACAAGGAGACGCGGAGCGAGGGAGCGAAGAGGAAGCCAGCGAGACGUGACGUGGAGGAGGCGCUUGAGAAGCCUGUUGCUGAGGAGGUUACCACGACAACCGCCGCAGCUGGAAACCCGCACCGCCACGUUGGCCACUGGCCGCAAACCAAUACGGAGCACGGGAGGGCAAGAGAGCGAGCCCCGCCUCCUCACUUCCUCUCACGCUCUUCCUCGCCACCUCUCCUACCCAACCGCCACAGGUUUAACUGGCACUCCGUCACCGCGCCGCCUCCUCCCGUCCCUCCGCUCUCCCGCCCAAACCCCGCGGCCGUCGCGCCACCCUUUUCGCAUCCCCUCCGGCGCUCAGGCCCCGCGCACAGAGAAAGGGAGCUCGAAGCGGGCUUCGGCCCCCACGUCCCACCCACCGGCGACAUCUACCCUCUGCAGCACACCCGCAACCCACACCUGGGGGUGGAGUCGGGCAGUGAUGGAGGAAGAGCUGCUCCUCAGGUCUUCAGAUGCUCUGGGCCGGAGAAGGAGUACCGCAGGUGCUUCUCGCAGGUGUGUGAAGGCGGCGCGUUGGAAUCCAGAGCCGAGCAGUGUGCUGCCUUUGACACCCAGGAGUUCAUGGGUCGCCUCUACAACUGGGAACCUUUCACAGAGGUUGGUGCAGACAAACAGUGCGAGCUGACCUGCAGGCCUUCGGGCUAUCGGUUCUACGUCCGGCAGGCCGAGCGCGUCACAGACGGGACCCCCUGCUUCAACGUCAGCUCCAACGACGUGUGUGUGGAGGGCCGAUGUCUGACCGAGGGCUGUGAUGGGGCACUGGGCUCCGGCGCCGUGAUUGACAAGUGCGGAGUGUGUGGCGGGCGGGAGAGCGCCUGUCGAAAGGUGACGGGAAGUUUCCAAAAUGUCACGGUUCCCCUUGGUUACCACAAGAUCCUGGACAUUCCACCCGGAGCUACAUUCAUUAACAUCACAGAAAGACGAGCCAGCCCUAAUUACCUGGCCAUGAGGAGCGGCACAGGGGCUUCAGUGGUGAAUGGGCGGUGGGCUGUGGACCCUCCUGGGGAGUACCAAGCGGCAGGGACCACCUUCACCUACACCCGACCCAGAGCUCAGGCGCAGGGGGAAGAAGAGCAAGGCGAGUCGCUCGGGGCUCCAGGACCAACCACUACACAACUACAACUAUAUAUCAUUUUCCACAAGGAGAAUCCAGGCAUCAACUAUGAGUUUUAUGUCCCCGUGGAGAAGAGGGAGGUGGAGAGAGAGAGGAUGGUGGAGAGAGAGAAGGAGGCACCCCGAGAGAGGCCGAGGGAGCGAGAGCCCGGGAGGGCGCCCCUUCGCAGUCCUCUCACCGUGUCCAUAGAAGACUCUCCUCCUCCUCCUCCUCCUCCUCCCAUUUCGGUCCCUUCUUUCCCUUCCUCCUCCUCCACCUCAGUGUUUUCCCCCCCCUCUUCGGGCCGACUGACACCUGAGAGGUCACGUCCUCGGGGCUCUGCGCCCAAUAGGAAUGCGCGGAUCCCCCCUCGCACUGACCUGCCACCGGACACUCAGUCUCCCUUUGUGUGGAGGAGAGGAGGGCUCACAGAGUGCUCUGCCUCCUGCGGCAAAGGUUCUCAGAACAGAGUCAUUCUGUGUACAAACCGCCACACGGACGAGGAAGUCCCGGAGAGAAAGUGUGACUCUGCAGCCAGGCCGGGUCCUGAGGAGGAGCCCUGUAACACACACGCCUGCCCUCCAUUCUGGGAGGCCAGUUCGUGGUCAGAGUGCAGCGUGUCAUGUGGCCCCGGGGUGCAGCAGAGGCAGCUCCAGUGCAGGCAGAGCUUUGGGAACCGUUCCACCAUGGUCCACCCGCAGCGCUGUGCCCACCUCACCCCACCCGGGUCCACACAGGCGUGUCAGCUCGGCCUCUGCUCCCACUGGGAGGUCGGCUCCGCCUGGAGCACGUGCUCGGUGGACUGCGGCGUCGGGAGGAGGACGAGGAGCGUGCGCUGCCUCAGCGAUCAGGGCAGCGUGGUGAACGAGGAAGAGUGCAGCUCCAGGGCUCGCCCGCAAGGAAGUGAGGAGUGCAACAUGGGGCCCUGCGUCACCAACUGGUACUUCACUGGCUGGUCCAACACUUGUUCGGCACAGUGUGGCCCCGGGGUGCAGAGGAGGGAGGUGGUGUGUCUGACUCGAGGCGAGGUCAGAGAGGGUGGAGGAGGAGGGGACUGUGUUGGGGAAAAACCGGCAGAGAUGAAGGCCUGCAACGGGGGUCCCUGUGUGCCAACAACCAUGUGGUACAGCAGCCCCUGGACACAGUGUAAUGUCGCCUGUGGGAGUGGAUCUCAGCGACGAGACAUCAUUUGUGUCCAGAAGACGGGGAAUGAUUUUACUGUCGCACCGGCCCACGAGUGUGGUCAUCUGGAGAAGCCCGCCGCGGUCCAGGAGUGCGAGAUGGGAGAGUGCGAGCCCCUGUGGUUCACAACGGAGUGGAGCGCGUGCUCACGUUCCUGUGGAAAGGGCUUACAAAUGAGGGAGGUCCGGUGUCUGGCACCGGACAGAAAGCACAGCCAUGAAUGUGAUUUAAGCACCAAACCUGAACAGGAGCAAAUCUGCAACACUAUACCCUGCAGUCCACAAGUAGCAGACGAAAACUGCCGGGACAGACAUCCCAACUGCAUGGUGGUGGUUCAGGCCAGGAUGUGCGUCUACACCUACUACAAGACGGCCUGCUGCGCCUCGUGUACCCAGAGUGCUCAGCGUGCCAAGCGGCACUAACCCGCCAAUCAGCACAGACAGCCCGGCUUGCGAGAGAAAGUCGAGGGUUGGGCCCAAACGAGCUGGUCGCCCCUGAAAUCAGAAGUCUGGUAGACAUGGAAAGGCCGGAGUAGACACACCGCCCGGCGGCGGCCGUGAGAUGGCAUUUCGCUAAUUCCUCCUGAUUUUUCAGGUUUAAACACUGUGAAAGCAGCCGGUUCCUUUUUCCAGUUCUCUGUGUUCGAGUAGUUUUGUCUUUUAGAACCACAUAUUCCACUGAGGGAUCCGUUUACUCCUCACGUUAGCUUCAACACGUUCAUAACAUGUCGCAGGUAUGAGUGAUGCCUUCUCCGGCUGAGAGAUUAUAAUGGAAGAGGACGCCGCUGCAAACAGCAAAUUUAGCCUUUUGCUUUUUAAUCAACAGCAACUUACAACAAUGCAAACCACUAAUUCUGAAAACAAACUCAAAUAAUUACCAUUUGUGCCAGAUACACUGUGUAUGCUGUAGUGUACGGAACAGCUGCUGAGAAAGUGUUUCUGUACACUGCGGACACCCAACUAAGCUAGAAGGAGUUACAACAUAUAUUGUACGUCUUUUUUUUAUAGUUUGCCAAAAAUGUUCAGCACAAUAUUUGGAAAGAUGAACCAAAGGGGUGAGGUGAACAUUGCAGUUUAGUGACCAAAUAUAUCAGAGCGUGAAAGAAGUGAGAUUCUUCCCAAACGAGGAGGAUAAUUAGACACGGAGAGUAAACAAGCAGCAGACUGCCAGUUGCAGACGUGUCUUUUUAAUGAGGGCUGUUGGAGCCGUGUUCCAAUCCACAGGUUUGAAGACUCCGAGGCGCAGUCGUGUUUUAACUCUUACACGACACCGCUCAGUAAUAAGACAAAGUGAUCAUGUUGUACUUUUCUUCCUGUCAACAAAUCCCACGAAAAGACGAAAACCAACAAUGCGUCAGCCUCAUGAUGUAAAUCUUUAGAAAAAAGGCUCAGAAAUAUAUCAUUUAUUUUUUCAAACACUUUUUUAUAUUAGAAAAAAUUACUCCAACAAGAAAAAGAGCGUUGUGGGCUGUUUUCCGCUGUGGUUUGACGCACAUGUUUGUCUUAAUGAAGGAGCGUAGCAUCCAGUGCAUACGUGUGCAAUUUGUGGGAAUUACUGACGGUAACAAAAAUAUAGAAUAAGUCUGAAGUCUAAAACACGAGCAUUUUUGCUUUUCAGUUGUAGCACCAUGAAUAUUGUGCAGAGGCAUGAAACAUCUUUAUGUCCAAGAAAUGUAUUUAAAAGCAUGCACAUCCUGAGAGGAAAUUCUGAGGGUCUGACUGAAAAUCGGUAGGAAAUAGUGUUUGCACUCUAGACGAUGCUUCCAUUGACAAUUAAUGACAGCAGUAAUCAAUUAACUGUCCAUGGGAACAUUACUUAGUGCGAAGACUCUUUUCUCACCUCAUCCUGAUGUCUUCUCUGUUGUGCAUCCGGCGUCACCUUCAUGGGAAGAAACGAUGAAUCUGUCCUACUAGAGCAGGCGAAGCCGUAAUUAGAAAACCCGUGUUGACUGAGAAAGCUGCUUUCAUGUAAUGAUAUUUUAAUAAGUUAGUUAAUAAUACAUAUCAAAUGCAAAUAAUUCUGCCACGACGUAAAUGUUUUGCAUUCUGAGGUGGCAACCUCUGUAUGUGUGUGUGUAGGUCCUUUUUUUAUACCUUUUCUGUCUCCUUCUCAUAUCGACUGAUUUUACUUGGUUCUUUUUCUCUGCUUUUACCUCCCUAAGAAGACGUGCACACGCACACGUUACACCCGGCCCGCUCAAAUGAGCGGAGUGUUUAUGUUUGUCAGAUAUGUUUUAAUGUCUAUAUUUUCUUGGAGCAUAGUAAGCGCUUGUGUUUCGUAGCGAAGUGUUGCAGACCGCAUUUAAUCACAUCUAACUGUCAUAUAACUGUUUUGCCUUUUGAUAAGAGAAUCAGUGACUUCCUGACGUUUGUGAGUUUUAGCUCUGUGCGUGUGUGUGUGGUCAUUUAUGUGUGUGUAUGGUUGUGUUUUGUGAUCCUUGCUUUGAACGCGUCGUUGUUGUCUAAUCCCUUGUAGCUGAAAAUGCUUUUUAUAUAAAAACAAAAGGAUGGUAAUUUAUCUAUUAUCUAAAGAACAUGUAAUUUAUUUUCUUGUUUUAAGAAGCUGUAGCAAUUAUUUUUGUUACCACCAGAGUAUAUAAGAUUGUUAUUGUUGAUACACAGAUGUUUUUUUUCAUGCAGAAACAAAAAAAAAAGAAGUGUGGAAAGAUUAUUAUUGCAAAGCUUCAUUUUAAAUAAAACAACACAGAAAUCAA